UUUACCGAACAUUUAUGCUAAUAUGGACUAUCUUUUAUGGAGAAAGAACAACAUCGACGAACCAGAAUUGGACAUGGAUCCUUAUCUCUAUAUAAUAUGGUAUAUCCAGAAGGCUUAGAAUGAUAAACUAGGGGGAUAGACAGAGAUCCUAUGAAGCUAGUCUGGUACGCAGAAAACGAGUGUCAAGCGUGGUUCAAAGAAAAUGAGACAAUACCUUUAUCGCCACAAGAAACUCCUAAUGAGCAAAUAGAAGUCUGAAGCUUGGGUAAUAUUUGUAUGGUGAAUGGUUCAUGGACCUCUACAACUCAGUUUAGUGGAUGCAUAUGAGUUGGGAUGGAUAGCUUAGGAAAUAUUCAACUUAUGGGGACAAACAACUUAAGAAGGAAAGAAGCUGUUUUGCGCACACAUAAUUAGAAGCAUUAUGAUAGGUUAUGAAAAGAAUACUUCUUCAUUCAACAUGUCAUAACUUUGGUACGGAUUGUAAUGGGAAAUGACCCUCAUGCAUGGCCGAGCUUCUUAACGGAACUGGAGGUGAUAAAGACUCUACGAUUGUGUUUUCCAAACUUCAAGAUCUCGUACAUCCCAAGACCGAAAAAUGUAAUUUCUUAUUCUUUAGCUAGGAGUAAAAGGUUUUUCAUAGAGAAAUUUGUUUUACUGGUUGUUCUAUUACAGUUUAGUUACCAGACCACCUCAAGUUUCAGUAAUAAAAAGUCGUUCGUUGUCAAAAAUAGAAAAUUUAACUGUAUAUCUCAGACACAACUACCGAACAUUCAAUUAUUGCAUUUCUUUCUUCUUAAAAGAAUCUGAUAACAUAAAUAAAUCAAAACAUGAGUUCCAAUUGGUAAUUGAAAGAGUUAUGAUCUUCUCUUGAAAUCUAAAAUAAGCUUAGCUUCAAAAAUGGCCGAAAAUAAAAUAAUCUAAUCUAUUAAAAAAAAUACAAAAUUGAAUUUACCCUAGUUUUCUCCAAUAUUUACAUUGUCAUGCCACUAAAGUAUUAAAUAAUCCUAACUUAGGUAGUUAUUGUCUUUUCCUAUUUUAUUAAAUUAUUUCCUAAUUCAAGUUUUGCUAAAUUUCUGUGUUCAAGAUAUUUCCUAAAAUGAUUUAGCUAAAUUUUAGGAAAAUUCAAGUUUAAGAAAUAUUUUUAAUAAUAUUAUGUAAUAUUUUCCAAGUAUCAUAUAAUCCCAACACAUUUAGCUUGUAAGGCCUAAGAUAUAUGUAUUUUGAAUAUUCCAAAAAUAUAGGUUUAACUGUUACCAUUAAUUAUUUUCAACAAUAAAAUAUAUAUAUGCUAAGAUUAAAUAUAUAUAUUCCAAACUCUAUUGUGCUGUAAACAUUUUUUUUCUUUUGUUGAUAAAUAAAUUUAACAUUUCAAUAAAAAAAAAUAUUUUAGAAUUAUUUGUAAAAUAAUAUGGAUUGUUUAUAACCAAAUAUUCAUUUUUAAUCUAUCUAAAUCUCACUUAAUAUAUAUAUAUAUAUAUAUAUAUAUAUUAUAUAUAUAUAUAUAUCAAAUAUUUCUAAAAUAUAUUUUAACCUUUUCAGUUACUAUUAAUUAUUUUCAACAAUAAAAAAUAUCGAUACUAAAAUAUAAAUAUCACUGAAUUACUUGUAGAAUAAUAUUUAAUGUUUCUAACAAUAUUAUUUUUCUGAUGUAUCUAAAUCUCGCCAUAUGACCUAUAUUUAAUCAAAAUAUUUAAAUUAUUAUUACAUUUGGAAAAAAAAAUUUGUUAAGAGAAAAAUUGCUCAAACAUAUUAAUGGGUCAAUAUUUGUCGAAUGUGUAGUAUAGCGCACAAGUCAAUAUUUUUUACAGCAUUUAAAAUAUUUAAUUAUUAUGUUUAUAAAUAUUUUGAAAUAAGAUAAAUAUUUAAAAUGUUAAUUAAUAAAAAUUUAAAUAAUAUUCAUGUUUUUAAAGUGUAAUAAAUACCUGCACGGGGGUGUGGGUCGAAUUCUGGUAUAGGUUAAAACACGAUGUGAGAACUUUUAUAAAUAAGGAAAACUUUUGGGCUGACUUGCAAUUCUUGAGAAUUGGUUGGUUUUAGCAUGGGUGUCGACCGACACCAAGGGUGAGUGUCGAUCGACACGCUCUUCAAUUAUCAACUCUGACUUCAACUUUUCAGCACAACUUCUCUUAAUCCUCCACAUAGCUCUUUAUUCUCCAAAAUGCUCCCAAACGUAUAUGAGCCUGCAAAGACUCUUGAACUGACUCGAAACAUUGAUAUUGACUCUAAAACUGGACUUAUACCAUGGUCAAAAUCCAUAAAAACCAAGGUAUAUCAGUGAGCUGUAAGUAUUUGGCCAAAGAUGUUUUGUGAAACUUUACAAGAGAAGUUUCAUAUAAAAGUAAUGGGAGCAUGUUCCUUAUAGUUUACUUGUCAUGUUAACGACCGAGGAGAAAAAAAGUUAACGAGGGAAGAGACCUUAACGCGUGAAAGGAAGGUCUCUCUAUAUCUCUGUUGCUAUGUAGUGCGAAGAUGCCGAUCUCGUUUUCUCGCAAACUAAUUUGUGUGAUUUGUUUGUAAAGAUUAUACAAAAGUGGUUUUGUAGAACUUGUGAUGAUUUUACGCAAGCUGUCUCGGACAAGUCAUAUCAUAUGCGAAACUUUCCAAGUUAUUUUUCAUGGGAGAUGUUUUGUAUAUUGUUUGUAAGUGAUUGUGACAUUAAUAAGCGAGGAGUACUGUUUCCUCGUUCAUAUCGCCAUGUUGUUUUGAAAACCACUGAUACUGUUUUCACGUAGACAUUUUCGUAUAACUUGUUCUAGUUGUACGAAAGUUGUGGGUAACCGAUUCUAUGAAGACUAUUAGCGUAUCUUUGUCGAGAGACGUAGGGUAGUGUUCUAAGAGUGAUUAUUACGCAUAUUUUACGUGAAUGUUUUUCUUAUAAUCUUCUGGGAAAUUUGUUUCGUUUAACUCAAUGAGGUUUUACGUAAGCUAUUUCUUGAUGAUGUUUUGCUAGCAACAUUUUCGUAGGUUUUACACGAAACGCUAAUGGUAUAUGUAAUGAACAUGUAUUGCUCUUGACGAUUUGGGUGUUAAUGAGCGGGUGAUAUGAUCAAAUUAACCUUCAAGGUACUCUUUCAAAUAAGAGGUUCGUUGUAGUAAUUGAGGAUUGAAUUCACAGAGACUCUAUGGUUCACACAAUAGACUUGAGUUUCAGAUUAAGCUAGGAAAUCAGUUAGAAAGCAAAUAACAAAAUAAGAAAAUAGAUAGAAAUGUAAGCGGUAGGAGAAAUGCACUAGAUCUAGGAAUUAUCACACAAUGAAUUCAAGACUACUAUCAAUGGUGUCGAGGGUUUAUAAGGUUCAAUUCUAGAACUCAAAUGCAAACAACAAGUUAUCCAACUCUCGUUGAGAUAAACUAUCAUAUUUCUAACUCGAAUCAAAUACCAACUCUCAUUGCCUAUACGCGAUGAAUCAAACAAGCAACAACCAAUAUUUGAUGUUAUUCAACUAAAUCCUAGACCAACUCUCGUUGCGAAUAAGUAAUUAGUCCAGAAGUAUUUGAUUCAGGUUAUCGGUCACACUCGUUCUAUUCUGGUUAUCCUGUGAUUCUAGAUUCAGGUUAUCAGACACACUCUCUUUGUUACUCCAACUACUCUAGAAGCUAGUAUGAUAAAAAAUCCUGGUGUAGAAAUCUAUAAGAAACCCUAGCAAUCCUAUGAUUAUCAAUUUGACAUUAAACUCAUGAAAUCCUUAAAUCUAACAAGGGUGAUCUACUCAGACAUGAUAAGAGAAAAAAAAAUCCUAUUGAAAAACCGAAACUAAAAUUUGAACUGAAUUUCAUAAAUAACCGAACAUAUCAUAUAUCUAUAGAACCAAAAAAAAUUGAAGGACCAAGAACCAAAUGGGUACUUGAAAUUUUAAAAUAGAAAUUAUAAACUUACAAAUAUUAACUAUAUUUAAUUUAUAAAUAACCAAAUAUCCUAAAAAUACUAUUUAUAAUCGAAAAACCAAAUUACCCAAAAACAUUUUUGACUAAAAAUAUUAAAAACUGUUCAUUCUGAAAACCCCAAAUUAUCCGAUAGUUUUAUUUAUAAAUCCGUAGUUACCCGAAAAACCAGAAUCAAAUUAGAAGUGAUUUGGACCCAAUUUCUUUUUUGCAUAUGGCUAGGUUGCCAACUUUGCUGCUAAAUCAAACCAAAAACUGAAGAAACCCAACUGAAACUAACAAACUUUCUAAACACCUGAAUGGUUCCUAAAUUUCUAGAACAAAAACCCCAAAAACGGAAAUAUCUGAACUGAAACCGAAUGCUGGUUUAAAAAAUAAAGAAUAAAAAAAAAUAAAAAGUGAAAAAUAGUUUAGGUAACACAAAAACAAAGGAAAAAGGAAAAAAAUAUUCUUGCAAAGUGAUUAAAAGUGUUUUAUUUUAGUCUAAUUUUUAAAAGCAAACUGAAUAAAAAUAAUUGUUUCAGUAAAUUUUAAAUAAAUGAUAUAUUUUUGAAGAAACUAACACAAAAUAAAAGAAAUUAUAAAAAAAAAGAAUAGUUUAGUUAACACUAAAACAAAGGUAAAAGGGAAGGGUAAAUUUUAUGUUUACCACUUUCAUGGUACCACUUUUAAUUUUUACCACCACUAAAGAAACAUAUUCAAAAAUACAUUCUUCAUUAAGAUGCAAAAGACUAUAUAACCUUGUUAUCUAUACAUAUAAUAAAUCAUUAUUAAAAUAAAUAAAAAAUAAUUAAUAAAAUAAUAUUAUUUUUAUAUUUUUGAAUUAUAGUUUUUCUUUAUUUUUUUGUCAUCAACUUAAAAACAGACUCAUACAUACUUAUACUUUUUCAAAUUCGAAUUCUUUUAUAAUAAGUAUGUAUUUAUAUAUUUAUUAGAAUCUUAAAUUUCACAUUCUAAAAACCCUACCUAAUCCGUCAACUCUAAACCCUAUGUCUAGAUUAGUUAACCCUAGGAAUAAAAGACAGGAGUAUAAGUGUCUUUUACCCUUCAUUAAAAGUGAAGAAAAAAAUAAUUAGUAUAAACAUGAAAAGUGGUACUAUGAAUGUGGUAUUUGCGGUAAUUUUCCAAAAGGGAAAACUAUUUGGUGAUAGUGAUCAAAAGUGUUUUUGAAAAAAUUGAAAGAAAUGAAGAACAGAAGGGGAGGCUCGAACAUGAAUUGGGUGAGGCACCAAACGUCAAGAAUUAGCCGGAAGAGCUAACACUUUCACUACCUACAUAUUUACACAAAGGAUUUAUAUUAUUGGGCACGUGUCACGUGCCACACCUAUAAUGUACGUGAAUCCGCCCCUGCUUACAAGGCUUGAGAGUAUUAGGUAUCAUGAUUGUUAAAUAUUAGGACUAGAUAAUCGUGUCAAAGUGUAAGUCUGAGUCCCUGUACUUGUAGGUUUAACAUCACAUUAUCAAUGACUGACUUUCCUGUUGCUCACUCUCCCUUUAACCUUUUCGGGUGAGAUUGAGUAGUAGUUGGACGUUGAACGCUUUUUUGCUACUUGAUAUAUUUUUUCUUUUAAUUUUUUUUGCUUAUUUCAGUUACUGGAGAUGCUAUUUAAUUAUUAAUAAAGUGUGAUUUAGGAUAAUUUGAAGAGACGUGAAAAAGCGUUAUUGUAAGUGAUCCAACAUUCUCGAUAAAGGAUGUGAUGAGUGUUAUAUUCUUAAGCGGUGAUUUCUGAAUGACCCUCUCUUGCAUGGCUAACUAUGUAUAUAUAUUUAUUGUUUUUGCCAGUUCAUUUUAUUUUUCUCUUCUAAUCGGUACUCCUCACUUUGUGUUAUUUUUCCUUUUAAGUAUUCAUAUCUUGAGUCGGUCUAAAAUCUAAAAUGGGUCAUGCAAAGGAAGAUAAGCCCAUCUACAAUAAAAUGGUCUUAAACAAUUUUUAAAAAUAACUCACGGCCACGAAAAAACAAAGACAACGAUAAAAAAUAUUUAAAAGAAAAACAAAAAAAAAUAUCGUUUGACCGCAAACAAAAAAUAUUUUCAAAAUUAUUGAAAUAAUCUCUAAUUUUUAGAAACAAUUACAAAAUAGAAAAGAAAUAAAAAAAUUAGAUAUGUCCAGUUAAAUAAAAGGAAAGAGGACCACAAAUAGUUGAAAAUAAAAUAUAUCAUAACUAAAAUGUAUAUUAUACAUAUAUGUUAAGAUUAUAUUGUAUACAGUGAAUCAUAGAUAUGUCAAAUUUUUAUUGAUUACUUUUAUCUAGGGAAAAAAUAAUAUUCAAUUAUAGCUUGGUUCAUAUGGUAUGAGUAAUUUACUAAAAUAUACCUUACACUUAGCAUAUAUAUCAUCUCAUAAAACUAUUUUAUUUUCUUAAUAGUAACAAUCUUUAUUAACACAUAUUUUUUUUACAUCUUUGUAAUAGUUAGACAUGUGUUCCAAUAGUAUGUCAAACUCCAAAAAAAAUCGAUUUCAGUUCGGGAAUUGUGAAAAAUAAUCCACAACAAUUGUAAAUGUAACAUAAAAAGAAAUGUAAUAUAUUUUAUUUUUUUUUGCUAAAAUUUAAAUAUCAUAUAGAUGAUUUGAAGAUCUUAAUUCUUAGGUCAGAGCCACUCCGGAAAAUAGAAAAAAAAACAAGGCGGAUCAAUAGAAUGUUUACUUUGUUUUUUUUUAACGCUGAUUUAUUACGAUAUUACAAUUAUGAUAUAGGAAAGAUUACAUAGACGAUUCGACAACCGACAAUACUACCUGCUUUAUGAAGACCUACGCCUAACUGCAUCACCUGAGCCGUCCUAUGAAGAUCCACAGCUGGCCAGAUUUACUUGCACCAUGUUGAAGAUCCCUUGCAAGCAUUUUCCUCUGUAGUCUGCAUAAUUGUUUAAUAAACCGCAUUCUCCGGGACUUGAAACCUGGAUUUCCUGUAAUCUGCAAUAAAUUGCAUAGUCUGGGAUUCGAACCCCAAACUUAGGUGUAGACCGCAUAAUUGUUUACUUUGUUUGAAUGACUAUAAUUUUUUGUUAGGGAUAAUUCAGACUAUGUUAAAUUAAAAUUAUCAUUUGAACGGUAAACCUUUCACAAUGCGAUUUACACCCAUCAUUUAUAUCUUUGAUUUUUUAUUUGUAACAGUUAUUGGAUGGUAAAAUAUCUAAUUAUCGUGUGGAUAAAAUGAGAUAAUGAAAUCUUUCUGUCAUUAUCUUUAAUCUAUUACAUUUGUGACCCUCAUAUCUGUAUAAAACGAACCUAUUACAUAAUGAGAACAAUAUAGUUUAUCUUUAAUUUUCACAUUCUCUAAGCUUUGGGCGGUCUGUAUUUUUUCUCAGUUCUUAAAAAUCCCAGUCAGUUAUGUCAAAUUGUAGCAUUGAACAACUGCAUGAUUUCUAUGUUCAAGAAAGACUGCUUUUCGUUAAAUUGGUACAAAAAUUUUCAAGAUCUCCAGCUGAGUCACUUCUUGUCAUGGCCACAUGGCUUUGGCUUGAAGACUUUGGCUUUGAGCACAUCUUCUCAGUCAUCAUGGCGCUCAACGAUCCACUCAUUGCAGCUCUUGCUAAUGAGGCUGUCUUAUGCUUCCGGUGUCUUGAAUCCGAAGAACCUCCAAAUGGUUUCAGUCAGAUCCCUGUGACUGCAGAAUUUAUGGAUAUAUCUCUUCAAAUAAUCUACCAAAAUCGAUACAGUGCCAUCACAGGAAUCAAAAACUUUUUAACCACUGUUUGCUCAAGAAUUUUCUCUGACAUAGUUCAACAAGUUCUCCCAUCCUCCUACAUCACUAGCCACAACCAGCCUCUCAUCAUCCCCGGGUUCCCGCAUCCAACUUUUGGGAGCAUCAACGUGAUGCCUAGUGUUGCUUCCUUGGAUAAUUUCUCCAGCAGAAAUUUAUUCCCUAUCCCUAGUGGUAUAUGGGGCUGGAAUGCUAGUUGCAUCGCAACUGAAAACGACCGGACCCUUUUUCUAACGUUUUCUCGUGGAAUCCCAGUAUCCGAAGCGGAAGUGAGGCUGGUAUUCACAGAAAAAUAUGGAGAAAACUGUGUUAAGGGCGUUCACAUACCUAAGUACGGUGGAAACUUACCCAAUGAGAACUUGAAUAGUAAUCAGGAUGUUCAACAACAAUCACUAUAUGGGAGGCUGGUCUUGGAUUCAGUCGUUACUGUGGAUCGUAUACUUAUGGGCGAGAGUAAACAAAAGUUUUACAUCGACGGGAAGCCUAUUUGGGCUCGUAAGUUUAAAAAUAGAUACAGAAAAUAAAAAGAUGCCUAUGUAACUUGUUCAAGUGACAAUAUUAUUAUUAUCUUCUCUUUCUUUCUUUCUGAUGCUAAAUCUCUUAUCUUAUGUCAUAAAUAAUCAUAUUGUUGGAUAUGCUGACAAAAAAAAAAUAGUUGUCUUGGAUAUCUUUCUUUCCUGUCUAAUCGAAAUAUUUUGAUUGGGAAUAAUGGACUACCCUCUAAAUAAAAAUUACUCUAGUCUAAAGGCUAGAUGUUGCAACUUACAACCUUCUCUCCAAUAAACCGAUCACCCCGAAGAGAAAAAGUGAUCUAACAAAGGAAUGACACAAAUAAACCAUAAAAUAGAGGUUUCAACCUUCUCUCUAGAUCUAUCCAUUUGUUAUUGACUGUUUGCCGACUCCGGCUGCUUCCAUAGAGCUGUAGUCGCUCUUUGUAUUUUGAUCUAGAUAUUUCGCUUUUGCUCUCGUUUUACUCUACAUGUGGAUUUCCAGACCUUCGAUCUUGCUGUGCCCCUUCCAGAAGGAACAAAAGUUUCAGCUAAUCUUGCAGUGUAUUAAUCGUUCUUCUCCUAUUAAUCUUUCUAGUCAGCGUGGGUUGGGUUUACUACCCUUCAGAUCUAUUUAUUUCCAAGAUACAUAAUGAUGGAUUGGAUGAUUUGCAUGAUGAUAUUAAUCUCUCUUAAUUUGGCUCAUAUUUGGUUUCGAUCUUCAUCCUUGUCAAGUUCUUGAUCAAAUUUGAACCUGUUUAUGAGUGGUUUCGGUCCUUGUGGAUUAUCUUAUGAUUUGAUCGAGAUCUACAUUCUGUCAUGCUUCAAUUUUGCGUUUCAAGUCGGUUUUUCUCUGUCUGCGUAUUUCUGGUUGAUGACUUAUGAACUAAAAGUGGUUCUGUCUCCUAAAGUAUGAAGCUUUAGUCUCUUAUUCUCUUGGGAUAUUCACUAUAGGAGGAUUCCCUCGUAUUGUCUCUAUCAAAAAGCUCUAAAGAAAAUCUUCAUGACUUGUUUUAUUUGAAACACUUUUUUUUUGAAACACAAUCUUCAUGCCUUGUUAUUAUUGAUUUUUGUUGUUUUUUUUAUCUGUUCCUUGCGUCUGCCAGUUUGGAUCUGUUAGUUUAGAUUAUCUGCUUGUUCUAUGUUUCCAUACUUUCCCAUUUGUGGACUUUCGUCUCUGAAGACCUUUGUGUUGGUUUGUCGGCUCUUGAUUACCGGAGUUCAUUGAAAUUGCAAGAUUUUGUAACUGUUCUUGUUGAAUAUAAUCCUUCUUUUAUUGUUAAAAAAUAUGUUAAAACCUCCUCAGUAAUGAACACUAGGCCAAAGAGGAUGACACUCAUUGCAGUCUCUCGAAAUACUUUUCAAUGAGUUGGAUACCUCUCUUCUCUGAUUGCGAAAAGAGUCCACAUCGAAUGUAAAUGUAAAAAAUGAAAUAUAAAGUGUUCAUAUUUUUUAAUGAUGCCGAGGUUUUGGGUUUGUAAGCUAGUGUACCUUUCUAGACAAAAACUAAACCUAUAUUAAAUUAAUUCUCUUUUGGAGGUACCGUUCACGUUAGGAUUUAAUUCAAAUUCUGAUAUCCUUAAUUUUUUAUUUAUAAUUAUUUCUUAAAAAUUAUUAUAAAAUAUCUAGUAUAAUAUGUGGUUUGUCCUUUAUUUUAAAAAUUUGUGACCCUCAUAUCCAUAUAUGUGAAACGAACAUAUUAGAUAGCGAUCACAUUAUUGUGUCCGGAUUUUGCGUGGUAAGUACUAUACACUAAGUUUGCCAUUUUGGGCUAGUGAUAUAGAUACCACUUCAUAUAUAUAUGUAUGGACUAGUUUAUCUGCAGUGAGGCCUCUGCUGUUGUUGGAGAUUUGGCAAAAGAUCUAUUUAGGUUAUGAUGUAAGAGCAUGGAAGGAUCCACGGAUUCCAACUUCAACUUCACCUGCAAGGUCGGCUAGGCCAAAUGUCCUAGUAGCACAUCUCAUAAUUAAGUUAGUGAUUUAGUUGAUGAAGAAUCAAUGGAAUGGGACGUUGUGAUGCUUGAUAACUUUGUAGCACAAGAAAUAUACUAUUGGUUAGAAGCUUGGACAUAAUCUGAUAUUUACAUCGUGAUACUUAUUGUUGAAUUUUUACCAAGAGUGGUAUGUAAACUGUUAAGUCAGGAAACUUGAUGGACAUACAUAUACUUAAGGCUGAAGAAUAUGUUGUUUACGUAAAACCAAGCAUCGCGAAACUCCAGCAUAGGUGGGGGAGGAUAUCACAGUUCAUUUUGAAGACCCAAAAACGUCCAUGAUGAGGAGCCAUAUAUCGGGCAAAGCCAAAGGAGAUUCAAGCUCAUUUUUACUUAGUUUUCUUAUGUAUGAAGUACUUAUGUAAAAUAUCUAAGUAUUAAAUAUUAUAAAAAGUGUGUGGAAAUAUGUAGAGUACUUAGGAGCGAAAUUGCUUAAGGGAGGCUAUUUCACCACGAAGUAACUUCAUAGAUAGGAAAAGAUCUGAGUUGUUAGAUCGGUUCAUUCUCAACCGUCCAUUAAGAAAGUGGGAUGUGUAUAUAAAGGGCUGAAGCCUCAUUGUAAGAUUCAUUCACCAAGUUAUAAAAUAAAUACUUCCUUAAGCUCUAAUCUCUCUCUACAAUGUCCUCACUCUUUGUCUAUGUACUGAUCGAGUAAUAGGAGUUAGGCUGACUUAGCAAUCACUAGGAUGAAAAGGUGCUAAAACUGCACGUUCUGGCAAAGUAAAGAAUCAGUCCGUGACAACAUGCCCCCUUAGGUCUUCACCUACGUCCACCCCUGGACUCAAGGUCCCCCUCUCAAAUAACCACUCUUGUUUCCGUCAGUUUUUGAAGCAAUCAUACAUAGUUUUAAUUUUUCCUCUUAUUCUUUUUGUCGGCUAGUUUUCCUAUUAACAAAAAAAUCAAGAUUAUACAAAAUGCCAGUGUACAAAUAUAUCUCUCGAAGAGUAGCCUCGAGCGACUCCCACCCUUCUGGAAAUUAACUCAAUCUAACCAUUUUGAAUUUUUCUAAAAUAUGUAAAAUUUAGAAAAUGUAUUAAAAUGAGUGUUUGACACACUUUAUUCUAAUAACUAGGGGUACUAUCGCGCUGCGCACAAGAUUUUAAAAUAUUGCUUACUCGUUUGUUGUAUAGAUGGUGUGGUUCUACUUGGUUACUUGCAUAAGUUAUUGAGUACAUGUUGGUAUGCAUAAAUGGUUUGUGGGAGGAUGGUGUUUUAGAUAUAUUUGGUCGUGUAGUCACAUCUGUUUGCCUACACGGAUGUGUGUGAGUGGUGGAUGUAUUAUUUAGUAGACAUAGAAGGUUGAUAUAGUGUCGUUUUGUACUGGCGGAGAUUUUCUUUGGCAUAGGUGGGUGUAUGAUGGUGUAGUUGUUGUGUCAUUAAAUUGUUGUUGGCAUUUGAUAUGCAAAUGGGUGAAUUUGAUUAUUUAGGUUUGGGCCUGCUUGCGUUUUGGAAAGUUAAUUGUAAGUGAUACAUAAAAAGAAAGAUUGGAUGUGUAACUACCAUACCUUCUCUAGAACAAAUCUAAAUGUUAGCGAGUCUUGUCAUCUGUAUGUAAUAAUAACACUUCUAGGAUUGCUCUUUUAUACAUUUCAUGUAGGAAUUUUGUGGAAUUCUUUAGACUCUUAAAUUAGCUAUGUAAAGUGGGUUUCUGUGUUUUCUUAUUAUGCCGAGCCGAGUGAUAUACAUGUGUAUUCCCAGCAAACUUUUGAUUUGUUUCUUUUUCUCCUAUCUAAUUUUAUCUGAAUAUGUGCUCCAUUCAUGAAAAUUUUCAGUGCAGAGCAUGAGCAGACCGUAGAGAUAUGUUGCAUAGUCGUGUGAAGUUGUGGCUGUGGUCCGUAUGUGAUGCAGCCCAAUGUUGAUGUUUUUGUACAUAUGGUACUCUUCUAUGCCUAAAAUGUAGUGGCCUCCAGUAGUUGGCCACCUCUGUUAGGUUCAACUUGUUGUAAACAUGUCAGUAUUUUGCAGCUUGUGUCAGCGGUGGUAAAACGAGCAUACUAUGGCUGGGAUGAUAUCUUGAGGAUGCUGCAACGUGUGACAUUAUGUCUCUUAAGAUGGCAUGUGAGAGAGACUCCAAUGGUGUCAGCUGUUUUGUUUGUUGUCAUUACUAUUUUUUUCUUUCUCAUAGAUGGUUUUUGAAAAUGAUUGUAGUAGCUGAGUAUAUAUAUACCGGAUUGUUGUGUAUAUGAACUUCACUUUAUCUAUCUUGUAACAGCAAGUGUUUUUGUUGUAUUGUUCUCUUAGUUGUUAAUAAGAGUAUCUCUUAUGGCUAUCCUCAUCUUUUUAAAUAAUGUAAAUUUAAAAUGAGUUUGAGUUUUGAUCCAAUAAUUUUUCUAAUUUUCCCCCUUAAAAGAAGACAUUCCAAAUAUAUUUUUUAUUAAAUUCUAAUAAUACUUUUUAAUACUUACAAAUUUUACUCAGUAAUAAAAUAAAAUAUUUUUUAUAUAUAUAAGUUUAGUUUUCAACAGCAUAAAUAAUGAUUUAUUAGAAUUUAUAUUUUUGUUAAUGGAAGUAUUAAUAAUUUUAUUAAAUUAUAAAAUGCAUAUCUUAAUAUAUUUAGAUAUAAAAAAACUAUGUAGAAGUUUAAAGAUGGUAAAUAAAAAAUAGUUUUAAAAUGAAAUUGUAAAUAGUAUUUUCUCAAACUUGAUGUGUUACAAAUUAUAUCUUCUCUAUUCAUUAAAAUUAUUUUUGGAAAUAAUAGCAAUUAGUGCAGAGCAUGAGCAGACCGUAGAGAUAUGCUCCAUAGUCGUAUGAAGUUGUGGCUGCGGUCCGUACGUAAUGCAGCCCAAUGUUGAUGUUUUCGUACAUAAGGUACUCUUCUAUGCCUACAAUGUAGUGGCCUCUGGUAGUUGGCCACCUGAUCUGUUAGGUUCAACUUGUUGUAAACAUGUCGCAGCUUGUGUCAGCGGUGGUAAAACGAGCAUACUAUGGCUGAGAUGAUAUCUUGAGGAUGCUGCAACGUGUGACAUUAUUUCUCUUAAGAGGGCAUGUGAGAGAGAUUCCAAUGGUGUCAGAUGUUUUGUUUGUUGUCAUUACUAUUUUCUGUUUUUCUCGUAGAUGGUUUUUGAAAAUGAUUGUAGUAGAUUAGUAUAUAUACCGGUUUGUUGUGUAUAUGAGCUUCACUUUAUCUAUCUUGUUACAGCAGGUGUUUGUGUUAUAUUUUUCUCUUAGUUGUUAAUAAGAGCAUCUCUUAUGGUUAUCCUCAUUUUUUUAAAAAAAACGUAAAUUUAAAAUGAGUUUGAGUUUUGAUCCAAUAACGUAAAUUUAAAAUGAGUUUGAGUUUUGAUCCAAUAAUUUUUCUACUUUUUCCCUUAAAAGAGGACAUUCCAAAUAUAUUUUCUUAUUAAAGUAUAAUAAUAACUUUUUAAGAUUUACAAAUUUUACCCAGUAACAAUUUUAUUUUAAAUAAAUCUUUGUUAUAUAUAUAAGUGUAGUUAGGGCUGGGCAAAUAAACCGAACCCGAAAAUCCGAACCGAACCCGAUCCGAUGAAAAUGAAUCCGAACCGAUCCGA